AACCUCUUGGCGCCGGCCGAACACAAAUGUGCGGCCUCCCAGCGUCUGGGCCUAGACGCUGAAUGGCUGCACAUUUGCGUUCUAUUAGAAGAAGACAUAUGUGCUGAGAGCACGCGCCCUGCACGCUCCCAGCACACAUCUCCGGUACGCACGGAAAGGUCCCGAUCUCCUCUUGCGAUCGGGACUUUUUCCGAUCAUGUGACGGCCGAGACGGCAAAUCACGGCAGUCACAUGACCCUAAAACCCCACCCACCUCCUGUCUUUCUGAAACUCAAAGGGCCAGGAGGUGCCAGUGCAAAGGGGUUA